AUGAAUCCCUGUGCGCCAACGUUCAUCCCGGUUGAGCCUUCGGAAGAUGAGUUCUCUUCCGAUGAAAAUGAGUCUUCUACGCCCUCUUCCAUGGAAGCACGACAUCCAGAUCAAGAUGUGCGCUCACCUCGAGCACGACCUCGAGGCAGAACAAUUCCUUCCAUUACAAUCGACCCCGAAGGAUACGAAUCCAUGUUCCCUGCUCUUCGGACUGUGAACCAGGUUGAUCCCCUCAAGGUUCGAAGUCCGAAAAUGAGAAAGAAACAACGAAGCAAGCGCCAAACGUCCAGAGGUAAAGGGGACCAGGUUCUGUCUUCAGGAUCGGGCAACGAUAAACAGUCGAGCAUAGGUCAUCAGCUUUCACAAUCCUCUGAUGAUGAGGAAGAGGGUAGUAAUGAGCCUCCCCUGGAAUAUCUGAAACCGACAGUUUACACUCCGAGGAAGUCACUUGAAUUCCUCAAACCCGACAUUUAUACACCUCCAGCUUCAUCUCGCAACUCUUUCAGUCGCCCUAGAACGAGGGCAAGCAUGCGGUCAACUGACGCCAGGGCGAGAACCAGGUCUCCUAGGCGGGCAUGGAGGCCCCCAACUCCCCAUCCAGACGGUAGAUCGCGAGGCUCCAGAUUACGACGUGCACCUACUCCAGGCCAGAUAAUUAUGUCUCCGGUUGGGUAUCCUGUUCCUAUGGUUUUUCCAAAUCACUCUUACAACCAGUUUGCAUCAGAACCUCCCCAUCCAAUGAUGCAUCAUCCGAUCAACUAUGCGCCACGUAUGGGGCCAUCUCUGGUACCGCCUAUGAUGCCAUACUCGCCUCUACCAUGGCCUAUUGCCCCGGCUCCGUGGUUGGUCCAUUUGGCUCAACCAGAGAUGAUGAUGGACUACCCGGCGGACUAUGAUAGCCAUUAUGAACACAAUGAUUGGCCUUCAUUUGAGGGAGAGAGUGGGAUGCAUUAUGCGCCGCAGCCGCCACCAACCCUGCCACCGCAGCCUUUCAUUUAUCAUCUGCCAGAGCCACAAAUGCGACCCCAGAUGCAGCCCCAUAGUCAAUUCCGAAUGCAUUUGCAGCCUCCGGAAAGGUCUGAAUUGUAUCCGACUACCCAAGGCAGUGAUUCACAAAGUGACUCGCGGAGUCAGCCCAUGGAAGGCCGCCAUGAGAAAAAGGCCAGUACCUCUAGUUCCACCAAGGCAAGCAACUCUAGCUCCGGUGCAGCUACCAAUGUGUCUGAUACUACAACCCCUUUGAGAAUGCAAGUCGAUAUGAUCAAGGAUCAAAGCGGAGGAGCACAACUAGGGUCAAAGCACAACAAUGACGACUCGACGCAAGAAGAAGUCAAGAAAGAGCUUCGCAAGGCGGCUGACUAUAGUAAGACCACAGGGUUCAUCCCAACUCGACAGGCACAAAAUUCACAAGAUUCUCCUAGCGUUAUGAGAGGUGCGAAGAUUAACGUCAAGCGAGAGACUGCACCCCAAGAGCAGAAGAAACCUCAAGAGGGGAGACAGAUAUUGGUCGAUCCGCUCCAAAAUGCACCCAAGGGUCCAUCUUCCGCGCGCCAACUUCCUCAGACGUUCAGUGCUACCUUGAAACAGACUCUAAAUUUGAAUGGGCCUGAGUCGGGUUCAUGGUCUCAAUCCAAAAGAUGGACAAGCUUUGCUACAAAGGAACGUCAGGCGUUCCAGAAGAUGAUGGCCAAUUUGCGUUACAUGAGCGCCGACCAGUCUCCAUUUGUUCCUCAGAGCCCAGUAGAGCUGACAGCUUUCAAAGCAAAUCUGGCAGAAUCAAAGACGAGGAAGCUCGAUCAAGAGGUUAAGCAACGUCUGGCAAAGACGGGUGCGAACAUUGAUGAAGGCGUGGAGACUCAAGUCAAACCCGUGAUGAAGCUCCUCCGUGGGAAGAAAUUUAAAGAUCGUCUUUCUCCUGUGUUUGCAGCCAGCAAUUGCUUCAACAAAUCACGGAACCAGCCAUCGUAUGACGCUGGAUGGCCGACCCUCACCGAACUCAAAGAAGAGGGAGACAAACGCUCCAGUCGACAGGGCCGGUGCCUGCCUCUCCCAAGGCUGGAUCUCAUUUCUCUCAGAUUUUCUUCAGAAAUAUCUGAACCCUGCAGCUCUGACGGGGUAGUCCGUAGCACCAAGGGAGUCGUUCAAGUUGGAUCCCGUUAUCUUUGUCCUGUGACACCAGAAGAGCGUUCUGUUACCCCACCUAUCGAGCUGCAAUCAGACGAAGCCCCUCUCAUUCUUGCUACACUUCUUCAAUCCAUAGAUGUAGCUGAAGAUGACGCAAAAAGGACGGAAGAGAACACGGAGAAGACGGUUGAGCAGGAGGACGAGGAGAGAGAAACCGCAAUCAUGGGUAUCUCGCGUGACUCUCGACACAAGCGCUCCGCCUCCGGCGCCAAGCGUGCCUACUACCGGAAGAAGCGCGCUUUCGAGGCUGGUCGCCAGGGUGCCAACACCCGUAUUGGCCCCAAGCGCAUUCACACCGUCCGAACCCGAGGUGGUAACCACAAGUACCGUGCCCUCCGUCUCGACUCUGGCAACUUUGCCUGGGGCUCCGAGGGUCUGACCCGCAAGACCCGUGUCAUCGCCGUCGCCUACCACCCUUCCAACAACGAGCUUGUCCGAACCAACACCCUCACCAAGAGCGCCGUCGUCCAGGUUGAUGCCGCUCCCUUCCGACAGUGGUACGAGGCCCACUACGGCCAGGCCCUCGGCCGAAGACGCCAGAAGGCUCAGGCUGCCAAGGAGGGCAAGACCGAGGAGGAGGUGAAGAAGUCCAACGCUGUUGAGAAGAAGCAGGCCGCCCGUCUGUCUUCCCGCGGCAAGGUCGAGAGCGCCAUUGAGAAGCAGUUCGAGGCCGGUCGACUCUACGCCGUUGUUUCCAGCCGACCCGGUCAGUCUGGCCGUGUUGACGGUUACAUUCUGGAGGGUGAGGAGCUCGCUUUCUACCAGCGUAAGCUCCACAAGUAA